CUGACAACAAUAAAAAAAAUGAGAGAGGGAAGGAAGCGAUUGGAUAACACAGAGACACACAUACAUACAUACACAUUCAUUGUACACACUCCCCCCGUCAAAAUGCCCAAACCCUAAAUCUAUAUUCCUCUGACCGCUUCUUCUUCUUCUUCUUCUGUUGUCUUUCGAGUGUUGGUUGUCGAUUUCGAUGCCCCAAUCUGGGACCUGGGUACUGUUCCCAAGCUCCACCCGGAUUCUUUUCCGUCGCGGAAGCCAUUGAUGUGAAAGCUCCGAUAACUUGUGGUUUUUAGCUUCUUCCUAACGUAGCCGCUAAUCGGAUUUUUAGGUAUUUAUUCUUUAUUUCCGGAUCUCCAUCUAAUCGGAUCUUGUGUGUGCUUCUUACUCUCGAUCUGAAUGUGAUAAGGAGGACCCUGUGUUUUAAUUGGUAUAGAUUGGGUGGGGAACAGAUCUUGUGAUGAGAUCUCAUUCAGUCAGAAUGUGGGUUUAUUAGGGUUCUUUACAAAGUCUGCAACUUUGAAUUAGAUGCGUUUCCAAGAUAUAGAGUCUGCUUAAAGCUUGCUAUUAGUUAGAAUCCAGAGCCAUGUCCUUCAAGAGUCUCAUUCAGGACAUGAGAGGAGAGCUUGGGAGUAUUUCUAGAAAGGGAUUCGAUGUCAGAUUCGGCUAUGGUAGAUCCAGGUCUCAACGUGUUGUUCAGGAUACUUCUGUUCCUGUUGAUGCUUUCAAGCAGAGCUGCUGGGCUAACAUGCCUCCGGAGCUCCUCAGGGAUGUUCUCAUGAGGAUUGAGCUAUCCGAAGACACUUGGCCCUCUAGAAAGAAUGUUGUUUCUUGCGCUGGUGUCUGCAGGAACUGGCGUGAGAUCGUCAAGGAGAUUGUCAAAGUUCCUGAGGUUUCUAGCAAAUUGACUUUUCCUAUCUCCCUCAAACAGCCCGGUCCAAGGGGAUCACUUGUUCAGUGCUAUAUUAUGAGAAACCGCAGCAAUCAAACCUACUACCUGUACCUCGGGUUAAACCAAGCAGCAGCUUCAAAUGAUGAUGGAAAGUUCCUUCUUGCUGCCAAGAGGUUUCGGAGGCCAACUUGCACUGACUACAUCAUCUCCUUAAACUGCGAUGAUGUCUCCAGAGGAAGCAAUACCUACAUCGGAAAGCUAAGAUCUAACUUUCUGGGGACCAAGUUCACUGUAUUUGACGCUCAGCCGACGAAUCCUGGAACUCAGGUUACCAGAACCCGUUCAAGCAGACUUCUCAGUCUGAAACAAGUGAGCCCAAGAAUUCCAUCUGGCAACUAUCCUGUAGCACACAUCUCAUAUGAGCUUAACGUCUUGGGUUCCAGAGGACCGAGGAGGAUGCAGUGUGUCAUGGAUGCCAUCCCUGCAUCAGCUGUUGAACCUGGAGGAACAGCUCCAACUCAGACGGAACUUAUCCACAGCAAUCUUGAAAAUUUCCCGUCUUUCUCCUUCUUCAGGUCGAAAUCAAUUCGUGCAGAGAGUCUUUCUUCUGGUCCAGCGUCUGCUGCUCAGAAGGAAGGACUGCUUGUCCUGAAGAACAAAGCGCCCAGAUGGCACGAACAGCUCCAGUGCUGGUGCCUAAACUUCAAUGGGAGAGUCACUGUUGCUUCGGUCAAAAACUUUCAGCUGGUAGCUGCUCCUGAGAAUGGACCUGCAGGACCUGAGCACGAAAACGUGAUUCUCCAGUUCGGGAAAGUCGGAAAAGAUGUGUUCACAAUGGAUUAUCAGUACCCAAUCUCUGCCUUCCAGGCCUUCACCAUUUGCCUUAGCAGUUUCGACACCAAGAUAGCAUGUGAAUGAUUUCCAACAAACCGUGUGACUCCGGGUUUAUUUAGUUGUAUCAUGUUGAAAGAGAAGACUGGUUUGGCCUCGUCUUAGAAGUGUGUGUACAUAGUUUCAAAAGUCUUGGCAAAGUCCAUACAAAAAGAGAGAGUCAAGAAUCGAAGACUGUAGAUUGUGUUUGUUGUUGUUGUUGCGUUGUGUUGCUAGUGAUUGUAGUUCCAGACUAUGAUUUCAUUUCUCUGAUAAUUAAUUUGAUCGUUUUUUUGGAGAA